AUGCGACGAUGUGCGACCGACGCGACUGCGAUGCUAGGGAAUGCGACAGCGGCCUCGGACGAACCGCGCACAGCCACCAUGAGCGGAUCGGCGUCGCGCCACUUCCGCUCAGCCGCAGAGGCGUUGCGGCAUUGCAUCAGACGACCACACGCCGCCUCGUCUGUGCCUCGGCCUACUCCUGUCCCCGCUAGUGCCGUCCUCGCUACCAGACAUCCUCACGAGCCCAGCAUUUGCUCUACUAUCGAUCCCGCCCUACCCAGAACGAGCGCCUCCAUUGGCCGCGGGUUUAGUGUCGGCGAUGCAUCUCCCGGUGACACGUGGCACCGAUCCAACGGUUCAUUUCAUCAUGGAUUGACACCACCGUACCCAGUCGUUCCUGCAGCAAUCGCCGCUCGAGCCGUAUCAUUCUACGCGAUUCACUCAUAUCCCGCUGCCGCUGCUGCUUCUGCGCCUGCUGACGUGGCAGCGAGCGGCGCGAGCGGGGAGAAGGCGCAGCCGCCGGCUUCGACGCUGCUUCCGACGUCCGGCGCCCCGGUAGUGUCGCCGCUCGUUACAGGCACGUCGCCGCUGUCGCCCGCGUCGCCCACUGGUCGCACGGUUCGGGCCGUUCUCACAGGGCUCAAACAGGGUCCCAAGAAGGUGAAUUUGGUGGCGGCAAUGGUGCGGGGGAUGACGCCAGACGACGCGCUCAUGCAGAUGGCUGUCAGCACCAAGCGCGCUUCUAAAACCGUUGCCAAGGUAAUCACAGCAGCCAAGGCCAACGCAGUGCACAACCAUGGGCUGGAGGAGAAGAAGCUUAUCAUAGCGGAGGCCUUUGUAGGUAAGGGCCGGUACCUGAAGCGGCUGAACCCGCAUGGGAGGGGGCGGUCGGGGGUGAAGCACCGCUACAGGAGCCGCCUCACUGUGGUGGUUCGGGAGAUGAGCGGCCGUGAGGAGGAGCGCGUGCAGCAGCAGAGAGAGGCUGCGGCGAAUCACAGGUGGUUGCGGCGCGUGCAGCGGAAGCGGGGGCAGAUUGUGCCACAUAAGGUGGUGGAGCAGCCGGGAAUCGCGAUUGGUCGCCUGUGCGAAAAGUGCGACGGAAAAUGCGUCGUGUGCGAUUCGUACGUGCGACCUUGCACGCUUGUUCGGAUAUGCGACGAGUGCAAUUAUGGGUCUUAUCAGGGUCGGUGUGUGAUAUGCGGAGGGCAAGGCAUAUCAGAUGCAUACUAUUGCAAGGAGUGCACGCAGCAAGAGAAGGACCGAGACGGGUGUCCAAAGAUCAUUAACUUAGGUAGUGCUAGAACAGACCUGUUUUAUGAAAGGAAAAAGUAUGGCUUUAAACAGAGGGCAUAA